AAAGGCCCUUAAAGAAAACAUGAUGCCCCGUAAAGGAUGGACCACGUAUGAGAAAGUUCGGCUCUUAAUUACUUGUGACUCAUUUGAAAAGGCCAAGCAACAUGAAGAAAUGUAUGUCACUACUGGAUGUCUGACCACUGAUUUGGAAUCAGAGGAGGAAGCAGAUGUACGUCGGAAAAGAAGAACAAGGCCAAAUCCUUUGUACAUGGAGUCAGAUGGGGAGCCAGAAACCAGCAGUGUUAAGAGGAAAUUUGCCAAGCCACCUGCUAUUCACUUUCCAGUGCUGCCAGAAUCCAACCAGUACCCCUCUCUACCAACCCCAGAUGCAAGCAGUGCCUCUGGAGGAAACUACUCAGAGGAUGUUCAGUCAUUUGACCAGCCUAAUAAUGGCUUUUGUGGAAACAUCUUGGCAGAGCUAGAGUCAACAGACCUCUGUAAUGAUGGUAUGCCAAUGUAUAACUCAAGCCCCUACCACAUUGUGCCAUCAGAGCAAGCAAGGAAUGACAUCAGUCCCAGCUAUGCAAAUGGCUCCACAUCAGCUGAGUUCAGAUCCCCUGGCCCGGGUUCAGCUCCAGAUACACCACGGGGAAGAUUCCAUGGAAGGGAGCCCAGCCAAAUGUUGCAAGACAUUGCUGCCAACAAAAACACCAAGAUGCUUACGGAACUACUCAUGGAGGUGAAGCAAAUGUCACGGGACAUUCAGUUUAUAAAGACUGAAAUCGCUAAAUCCUCCAUGAAUAUUCCUAGAGCAGGUCCUGCAUCAUGGAGAGAAACGCCCUUCCCCAUUGUUCUGCCACUUGCCAAUGAGGAGCAGUUUGAUGAGGCUGAAGCUGCACUGAAGGAGGAAACAGUCCGUCGAAUGAUGCGCACACACCGGGCUGUGGGAGAAAGUUCGACAGCUUUUAGAGUCACACUGUAACUUCAGUACUAGCAAUGGCAGUGGGCUAGAUUGUUUGGACUAAAUCAAAACCACAAUACCUACAAUAAGAACUUCAUAAACAUGGUCCUUGCUUUCGCAAGGAAAGCAGCAUGGAAUGUGAGAAACUGCACUACAUGAACAGAAAAUCUGCAACAGCCAAAUACUAUUUACAAACUCUCUGAAAGCGCAUCUAAGGCUGUUGCAUGGAAGGAAGGACGUAUGGACAAAGAGUGCAUUAUACUCAAGACAUUCACUGUUUAAAGAGCAUGGGGAGGGCAAGGAGAGCCGAUUGGAGUUUGCUUUUAAAAAAAAAAAAAAA